AUGAGGUCGACGGAAACUCGGGGACCACGCUUACCUGAUGAGCCCCAAGAAGGGCGAAACCGGUCGUGGGUUGUCGAAGUGUUUUCAGCAACCUUUCAAAGAUUUAGUCGUCUAUAUGAAAUGCGAGGUUCAGUGACGAAAGGACUGCCCACAUGUUGUGUGGACAUCAGAGACAAACAGAUUCCUUGUCAGACGUCUUUGGUAAACGUUCCAACCCUAGUCACGAACAGUUCAGCAAGGUGUGUCAGCGUCAACAUACUCUGGGCGCACCAGGUUUGCUGUUGGCAAGGUGUGUCAGCGUCAACAUACUCUGGACGCACCAUCAUCAUCGACAGUAUGACAUCGGUGUUCAACACUGAUGCUUCACCGCCGUACAACCAUGAUUUAUUGGAAUGCUUUAUUGUGACAACAAGAACGCCACUGACAACGGCACAGUGGGGAUCGCGCGGUUCCAAUCGUGGAAGGCGAGUAGCACCGAAAGCACCCAAGCGUUUUGUGAUCUCCUUCAUACUUAAUCGUCGAACAGAAAUACGAAUGAAUUUCCUAACCUCGCAUCAACGUGCUGAUCCACAUGUGAUCAACCACGUGAUCGCAAUAUAG